GAAGUGAUCGAGCACAAUGCUACGUCUAACUGAAGUGCUUCCCGCUCCCGUAAACAAGUAUGUGGAGGUGAAGAAACAGGAAGUAUCAAAACCGAAAGCAAAGAAGGUAUACAACAUUCCGCCCUAUGGGCAGCGUGAGAACUAUGUUCCUCGUACCCUUGAGGAUUUUGGUGACGGAGGUGCUUUCCCUGAAAUCCUUAUACUCCAAUACCCUCUCGACAUGGGCCGAUCGGACCGAGCCGGUGACACGCGUGUCGUAACGGUAGCGACCGAUGAAGACGGCGUUCCUGAUUUCCAAAAGAAUCUACUGAACCAGGGAUCGAACAAACAGAUGAUCGUUCACACAAAAGUGUCUUCUCUGAUCGGGUCUUCCGCGGAAGACGACGACCUCGCCCGUCCCUCCGACGAGGCCAUCGCCGCGCUGACCCAAAAGACGCGCGAGGCCAUGGAGAAGAAGGUAAACCGCAAGAUCGCUUACGCGCUUCCCGGCAAGCUCCCCGAGGGCUCUCUUCCCGGCGACGUGAAGCCCGCGGAGUUCUACAAAUACACCCCCGUGGAGCCAUUAACCGGCCGCGUGCUCGACCAGCGCGUGAUUCACAUGGUGGAGGUCGAGCAGGACCCGCUGGACCCGCCCAAGUUCCGCCACCUCAAAGUUCCCGCUGCGUUCAACGACGACCCGGUGCCCAUUCUGCACUCUCCCCCGCGGAAAGUGACGGUCCAGGACCAGCAGGACUGGAAGAUUCCGCCGUGCAUCUCCAACUGGAAGAACGCUCGCGGGUACACGAUCCCGCUGGACAAGCGUCUGGCGGCGGACGGGCGCGGGCUGCAGCAGACGGUGGUGAACGACCGCUUCGCGACGUUCGCGGAGGCGCUGCAAGUGGCGGAGAGCAAGAUGCGCGAAGAAGUCGAGCUGCGAAACAGCAUCGUACGGCAGCAGAAGGAGAAGGAGCGGCUCUCGCAGGAGGAGCUGCUGCGUCGCCGCGCGCUGGAGGUGCGGCAGCAGCACGAGGACCGUCGCCGGAUCGAUUCCGCCUCGUUUUUCUUUUUCUUUUUGGUUGAUUAUCGCAGAGAAAACCCCGAGGAUCGCGAGGCACGACGCGAACGCGACCGGCAGCGCGAGAAGCUGCGGCGCGAGGCGGAGCGGGACCUGCGUCGGCGCGCGCAGGGCCGUCGGACGCAGGAGGAGCGCGAACGGGAGCGCGACAUCAGCGAGAAAAUCGCGCUGGGCCAGGCGGCGGUGGCGAGCAACAGCGGCGUGACAUUCGAUUCGAGGCUGUUCGACCAGAGCGGGGGCAUGGGGAGUGGAAUGGCUGCCGAUGAUGGUAGAAACGGGGAAACGCCGCUGUUUAUGGACAAGAUGGAGACGAGGUAUCGCGUGGAUGAGGCAGAGACGAUGAAGUACACGCAGGACGAUGUGAUGAAGGCGGCGGAGCGGGGCGGAGCGAGGAGCGAGCUCGAUGUCGAGGAGGAGAAUUAUCGGAAACGAGCGAGUGCGUAUUCGGGGACUGUAGAGUUUACGGAUGGCGUCGUAAACUCGGAGAAACGUCAUAAAAAAGAGGAAUAG